GGUGGUGGCAUUCUUGGCAGUUUCUUUGCCUGAUUUGUAUUUAACAAACAAAGACCCUGCGGAGCGGCUGGUUCGUGGUUGAAGUCUAAGUGGUUUGGAGAGUCAUAAAACAAAGUCUUCCAAAUUGAAGGUGCAGUGGGAAAGCUUCUGGGUUUAGUUUAUACUGAAAAUUUUGAUUUAUUCAAGGAAUUGCAUUUUGGCUACGUUGAAUCGAAACGGUUAGGUUUGUAACAGGGAAAAACAAGAAAAAGCACAGAGAGGAGAGAGAAAAAGAUGCCUUUUUUAUUCUUUUUCGCUGAUUGCCGAGUUUCGAGUUUUUGACCCUUUUCUGUUCUGGCUGUAAUCACUUCAAUGCUUUUCGAACUUUGUCAAGUUCAUGGGAAAACCAAAAAUCCAGCAGAUCGGGUUUUGAACGUCGCGGCUUAAAGAGUUCUAAUUUCGAGAAUCAGUUUGAGGGUUUUUGAAGGGUGGAGAGUCGGAUUUCGAAUUGGUUAUUCGAGAAACAAUUGGGAAAAUCAGUCCUUGGGUCCCGUUCUCUCCCUCCCUCCCUCCCUCCCUCUCUCUCUCUCACACACACACACACAUACACAUAUACAAGUGACACAGAGACCCACACAUCAUAUGGGGUUAGUGAAAUGCUAACCUGAUCAGGACUUGAAGAGUAUUUAGAUCUGUAUAAGCCAUCGGUAAGCUAGUGGAGCUGUCAUCGGUGCUUUUUCAACUGGAAAUCGGGUGUUAUGGAGAUAUCAUAUCUAAAGGCACUCCUCAACAAUAUCUCUCGUCUUGGUCAUCUUUCUUCUAACAAUGUAGAUUCUGAACCAGUUAAGAAGUACUACCAGAAGUUAGAUGAGAUAUUGAAGCUACUGAGGUCCAUACUUGAUGGAAUUGUUGAUUCUGACAAAGCUUCUGAUGAAAUUCUUAAUAAGACAUUUGAAGAGCUGGAUGGGUUUGUUGAUGAAGCUAGGGAGCUUAUUGAAAGCUGGCAUCCAAUGAUGAGUAAAGUUUAUUUUGUUUUACAAAUUGAAUCAAUAUUGGAAAGAAUUCAGGCUUCUGCAUUGGAGGUCUUCCAGAUACUGAAGUCUUUGCAUCAAAAUCUAUUUGCUGAUUUGAGUUCAGCAUCUCUUGAGCAUUGUAUUCAGAAGCUUCGUUGUAUAGGAUAUGAACAGAUGUCAACGAUCAUUAAAGAAGCUAUUAGAGAUCAAGUGGACAACUCCAUGCCAAGCUCUGAGAAACUGGUGAAACUUGCAGACUCACUAAGCUUGACAUCAAAUCAGGAACUUCUAAUGGAGGCUGUGGCCCUUGAAAAGGUGAAGGUGAAUGCAGAACAGGCUGAAAAGGAUGAAGAGGUGGCAUACAUAGAUCACAUGAUUGCUCUCGUCACCAACAUGCAUGACCGUCUUGUUAAGAUAAUGCAGUCCCAGAAUACUAAUGGAGUUACUAUCCCUCCUGAUUUCUGUUGUCCUCUCUCCCUUGAAUUGAUGACAGACCCCGUGAUUGUGGCAUCAGGACAAACUUAUGAGCGAGCUUUCAUAAAAAGAUGGCUUGAUCUGGGUCUCACUGUUUGCCCCAAGACUCGGCAGACUCUGGCACACACCAAUUUAAUUCCAAAUUAUACUGUUAAAGCACUGAUUGCAAACUGGUGUGAGUCAAAUAAUGUGAAGCUGCCUGACCCUGCGAAAUCAAUGAGCUUAAGCCAGCCUUCAGCCCUUCUUGCACAUGCAGAUUCCAGUUCCAGAGAUACAUAUAGCCUUCCAUAUUCAGGUACUCCCACCAGAAGCAACCAUCCAAAGUCACCUGAAUCUGCUAGGGCUACUUGUUCACCACAUAAGAACUUUUUUUCAUCUAAUGGAACACAUCUAGAGAGGACUUCCCCUUCACAUCCUCAAUCUGCAUCAGAGAGUGCUCUGACUAGUGGUGGUGGUAGUAAUGGGUUUGGGUUGGAUAUUGGUAGGAUGUCAUUAAUAGGUUCUGAUGAUAGGGGGAUCAACUCAGAAGAGAGGAAUUUAGGUUCAGUUGGCCAAUCUUCGAUCUCAUCAAGAAAAGAACCUGAAGAUAGUGCAGUUGAUGAGAAGCUUAAGGGACAUAAUCGAAGUCCUUCAGUCUCCAGCACAGUGUCCAGUACAGACUGUGCCCAAGGAACAAUUGCAGAUGCAAAUGAGAUCUCACGUGUGUCCAGCGAUAUGACCCACUACAGCAGUGAUGCCUCAGGCGAAGUGUCAUCAGAACCUCCAGCUCCAGCUGCCUUGGUUCCACCUAGAGAACCAGAGUUCCCAUCCCGAAUAGCGGAAACACGAUCUAGAAGCCAAACCAUCUGGCGACGGCAAUCUGAUAGGUUUAUUCCAAGGAUAGUUUCUUCUCCAGCUAUUGGCACAAGAGCUGAUCUUUUGGGAGUUGAAACUGAAGUUAAGAGGUUGGUUGAAGACUUGAGGAACACUUCCAUUGAUGUACAAAGAGCUGCCACAACUGAACUACGCCUUCUUGCUAAGCACAACAUGGAUAAUCGGAUUAUAAUUGCAGAAUGUGGGGCCAUAAGUUUGUUGGUUGGUCUGCUUCACUCAGCGGAUAGAAAGACCCAAGAGAAUGCCGUUACAGCACUUCUCAACUUGUCAAUCAAUGACAACAACAAAACUUCAAUUGCAAAUGCAGAUGCCAUUGAUCCCCUCAUUCAUGUGCUUGAGACAGGAAGUCCUGAGGCAAAGGAGAACUCUGCUGCCACCCUUUUUAGCCUUUCAGUCAUUGAAGAGAAUAAGGUCAAGAUUGGAAGGUCUGGGGCUAUUAGGCCUCUGGUGGAGUUAUUAGGCAAUGGGACUCCUCGGGGAAAGAAAGAUGCAGCGACAGCUUUGUUUAAUCUGUCUAUUUAUCAUGAGAAUAAGGCUCGGAUUGUGCAGGCUGGUGCAGUAAGAUAUCUUGUUGAGCUGAUGGACCCAGCAGCUGGAAUGGUAGAUAAGGCGGUUGCUGUUUUGGCCAACCUUGCCACAAUUCAAGAGGGGAGGGUUGCUAUUGGUCAGGAGAGAGGAAUUCCCGUUCUUGUUGAAGUGGUUGAAUUGGGUUCAGCAAGGGGAAAGGAAAAUGCGGCUGCAGCACUCCUACAGCUUUGCACAAACAGCCAUAAGUUUUGUAGCUUGGUGCUUCAAGAGGGAGCAGUCCCACCAUUAGUGGCACUGUCACAAUCGGGCACACCACGGGCCAAAGAAAAGGCACAGGCACUUCUUAGCUACUUCAGGAACCAGAGGCAUGGAAAUGCAGGACGGGGUUAAUUCGUGUUACCAACUUUGUGAGGUAAGUUUUAUAUAGUGUGUGAAUUCCAGUAUGGUAAAUAGUGCACGUCGGAAUUACUGUUGGGAUGUUGCUUGCUUGUAAAAAACCAAUUCGUGAAAAGGGGACGAUCGGGUGAACUCAAGUUCUUGUAUGUGUAUAUGGUAGACCAUUACAGUUUUAUGUCAGGCGGUCAAAGAUUGCAGUCUCUGAUGUGAGCUCUGGAAAGUGAUAGAUAUUCUUUUUUUAUGUGGUUACUAUUGUUGGCGGUGGGUUUCUCAAGUUUCUUCCAUGCCUUUGAUGUACAUUUAUUUACACUAUACUCAGAGACUGCUUUCUUUUGUAA